AUGAGCCUUCCAUCUCUCAUGGAUUCAGCCCCUCCACCUAUUAUCGCAGAGAUGCAGGCGAUGAAGGAACAGGUGGAGGUCAUGAUGAAUGCCCUCAAAGGACGAGUGUCCAAUGAUCUUGAUGACCUAGUAAACAAAACUGACUUGUCGUUCACUACCUCUGUCAACUCAUUCCCCCUGCCACAGAAAUUCCGCAUGCCCCAGAUUGAAAGCUACGACGGGGUCAAGGAUCCCCUCGAUCAUCUAGAGACUUUCAAGACCCUAAUGCACCUUCAAGGGGUACCAGACGAGAUCAUGUGUAGGACAUUCCCGACGACGCUAAAGGGCCCUGCGAGGGUUUGGUUUAGUAGGUUGACACUGAGUUCCAUCAAUACUUUCAAGGAGUUAAACGCCCAGUUCACCUCACACUUCAUUGGCGGACAUAGGUACAAAAGGUCCACUGCGUGCUUAAUAAGCAUCAAGCAGCGAGAAGACGAGACGCUGCGGUCCUACAUAAAUCGUUUUAACAAGGAGGCCCUUUCAAUUGACGAAACUGACGAUAAGAUACUCAUAGCUAAUGACCCAAAGACCAUGACGGACGUACUCUACAGAGCCGCCAAAUACAUGAACGCAGAAGAUGCGUUGCUAGCCCGCGAAGAAAAGCCCAAGAAGAAGGAGAGACAGGAGGACACACGACAGGAUAGGGGGCGAAAGGUUGCUAGAAUCGGAGAUCAACGAGAUGAAAGGUGCCCUAGACCCCCCAUUGGAAAGUUCACCAAUUUCACCCCAUUAACCGCCCCGAUAGAUCAAGUCUUGAUGCAGAUCAAAGAUGAAGGAGCACUGACGUUCCCUGGUAAACUAAAGGGAGAUCUCAACAAAAGGCCAAGGGACAAGUAUUGUCGCUUUCACCGAGACCACGGGCACGACACAGCCAAUUGCUACGAUCUGAAACAGCAGAUUGAUGCCCUUAUUAGACAAGGGAAGCUAUAG